UAUCUCUAGCUCUGGAUUCCGACAUCGUCACCUUUGUUGUUCUCUUGGACGAUUCAAGUGUUGCAUUGGAGAGCUUGGAGUCUCCCCUUCGAUUGUUGAAUUAUUAUCUGCACAAGAAGUAGUGAAGAAGUGAUGCAGUUUAACUGUUACUGUACAAAGGUUUUGGUCAUCCAUCAGAUCAUACGAGUCGUAGAUCUACUCACUGUGUAGAAUCAUUAAUUUUGAUGUAAAGUCUGCAGGCCUUGCCUGUCAAAGUAGAUUUUCUAUUUCGUCGGUGAGCUAGCAGCUGGAGGAGUACCGAAGUCCUUAGACUUCGUUGGGCCUGUAACAACUACUUGUAGUUGCAGCUACGACAGGGCUGUAUACUAGGCACGCAGUGAGAUAUGGCUGACACUGGGUCUACUGAGUCUUGGUCGAAGGCGGCCUCGAGCGAGUCGACGGCUUGCGUCAAUCCUAUUCGUGCGCUGGCCGACCUGGACGUGUACAAGGCAAAUCCCGAGAAGAAUGUCCUGCGCUUGAAUAUCGGUGACCCAGGUUACUUCGGCAAUCUUCCACCGGCCGCUGAGGCUGUACAGGCGAUAUCUGAUGCACUGGUGUCCGGCAAACACAAUGGAUAUGCACCGACGUCAGGCAGUCCUAUCGCCAAGCAAGCUGUCGCGGACAAGUUCUCGUACGCGCACAAUCCCAUCACUGCUGAUGAUGUUUACAUCACCGUCGGCUGUUCGCAGGCCAUGGAGUUUACGGUGACAUCGCUGUGCAAUCCCGGCACCAAUAUCCUGCUGGCUCGUCCCGGCUACCCGCUGUAUCGUACGUUCUGCGACAGCCGCGGCGUCGAGUAUCGUCUCUUCAACUUGCUCCCGGACCGAUCCUGGGAGGUGGAUAUUGAGCAGAUGGAGUCCAUGAUCAACGAGAAGACAAGGUUGAUAGUGCUGGUCAACCCGUCCAACCCGUGCGGCUCGUCCUACUCCAAAGAACACCUCCGGCAAAUACUGGACGUUGCCGAGCGUCAUCACCUACCCAUCCUGUCGGAUGAAGUCUAUGGAGAUGUGGUUUACAAUGGCGGAGAGUUUUAUCCGUUGGCCAGCCUUACAAGCACGGUUCCUGUUCUGACUUGUCGCAGCCUGGCCAAAAAGUACCUUGCUCCCGGCUGGAGGCUCGGCUGGCUGAUCGUCUAUGAUCAACACCAUCGCUUGGACACG